UAGGCUAGUAGAGGAUUUUGAAGGUAGCCUUUAGCUUCACGCCUUCUGCGCUUGUUUGCCAAAACAACUGGUUGAAGAUGGCGACUGAUGGAGGGACUGACACUUCCCACAGCAUGGAUAAAAGCAUAAUCCUUCCUCCGGAUGAGAUUUUUCGGAAUCUGGAAAAUGCCAAGAGGUUCGCGAUAGACAUAGGUGGCUCUUUGACAAAGCUGGCCUAUUAUUCCACUGUACAACACAAAGUUGCGAGAGUGAGAUCGUUUGACCAUACAGCAAAGGGAAGCUUUCCGGAAGCAGAUGGAGACCCGCUGUAUGAGAUAUCCGUACAGGAGGAGAUCACGGCUCGGCUUCAUUUUAUCAAAUUUGAGAACAGAUACAUUGAAACGUGUUUGGAUUUUAUUAAAGACCACCUGGUUAAUACGGAAACCAAAGUUAUUAAGGCUACAGGAGGAGGAGCGUACAAGUUCAAAGACCUGAUUGAGAAGAAGUUAAAACUCAAAGUGGACAAAGAGGACGAGAUGUCGUGUCUUAUCAAGGGCUGUAAUUUUGUGCUGAAAAACAUCCCCCAUGAAGCAUUUGUUUACGCGAAGCAUGCAGACCUAGAAUUCCGCUUCCAGAAUACACACCCAGAUAUCUUUCCUUAUCUUCUAGUGAACAUCGGGUCUGGUGUUUCAAUUGUAAAGGUGGAAUCAGAAGACAAGUUUGAGCGCAUUGGUGGAAGUUCCAUAGGUGGUGGUACAUUUUGGGGUCUUGGAGCUUUGCUGACAAAAACGAAGAGAUUUGAUGAGCUUUUGCAGUUGGCUUCCAAAGGGCAACACAGCAGUGUGGACAUGCUGGUUCAGGACAUCUAUGGAGGUGCGUCCGUCUCACUGGGGCUGCCUGGACACCUCAUAGCAAGCAGCUUUGGGAAAUCAGCCACCACAGACAAAGAGUUUUCCAAAGAAGACAUGGCCAAGAGCCUGCUGCACAUGAUCAGCAAUGAUAUCGGCCAGCUGGCCUGCCUCUACGCUCGCCUGCACAAUCUAACCAGAGUGUACUUCGGAGGAUUCUUCAUCCGAGGACAUCCAGUCACCAUGCACACCAUCACCUACAGCAUCAAUUUCUUCUCCAAGGGAGAAGUACAAGCUUUGUUCCUGAGACAUGAAGGUUAUCUAGGUGCUAUAGGAGCUUUUCUGAAAGGGGCCGAAGAAGACAAUCCUAAUCAGUACAGCUGGGGUGAGAAUUAUGCUGGGAGUUCUGGUCUCAUGAGCGUGUCACCAGAUCUGAAUCCAAUGCAACGAGCCCGCAGUGGGACAUUCGACAUGCUGGAGAUGGACCGCUUGGAGAGGCAGCUGGUGAACUUGCCCUUGUUGCAGGACGCCUCGUCGUACAUCCCAGACACGGUAGACCUCACGGAGGAUGCUUUAGCCCGAGAGUACUGGCUCUUCUGUUUUGAAGAGGCUCUAGAUGGGGUGGUGAAACGAGCCGUGGCCAGUCAGAAAGAUCAGCCCGAGGCCCUAGAGAGGGCUGAGAAGUUCAGGCAGAAGUACAGAGACAAGCUGCAGACGCUGCGUCAUCAGCCAUUUGCUUAUGGGUCUCUUACCGUUCGAAGUCUGCUUGACACAAGAGAACAUUGUUUAAAUGAAUUCAACUUUCCCGACCCCUAUUCGAAGAUCAAACAGAAAGAAAACGACAUGGCCCUAAAGUACUACCAAAAGGUGGUGAACUCUCUAGAAGAGCUGAGCUGGGAACAGAAGCAGUUCGCCCUGGUCCGAGGCCUCCUGGCUGGCAACGUGUUCGACUGGGGAGCCAAAGCUGUCUCUGACAUUCUUGAAACCGAUCCUGAAUUUGGAUUUGAACAGGCCAAGCAGCAGCUGCAAGAGCGUCCAUGGCUUGUGGAUACCUACAACCAGUGGAUCGAAAGGUUAAAGGGCCCCCCUCAUAAAUGUGCACUGUUUUUCGUAGACAAUAGUGGAGUCGACAUCAUUCUGGGUGUUUUCCCCUUUGUAAGAGAACUUCUAAUUCGAGGCACAGAGGUCGUUCUUGCCAGUAACUCAGGUCCCGCACUGAAUGAUGUGACUAACAGUGAGCUGCAGAUUGUCACGGAGAGAAUAGCAGCUAUGGAUCCGAUCAUCCAGGAUGCAUUAAAAGAAGACAGACUUACAUUAGUUCAGAGUGGAUCCAGUUCUCCGUGUUUAGAUCUGAGUCGUCUGGACAAAGUCCUCGCCACGGUGGUGCGCGAGCGCCGCACAGACCUGGUGGUCAUCGAGGGAAUGGGCCGCGCCAUCCACACCAACUACUACGCCAUGCUGAGCUGCGAGAGCCUCAAGCUGGCCGUCAUCAAGAACUCGUGGCUGGCCGAGCGGCUCGGCGGCAAGAUCUUCAGCGUGGUCUUCAAAUACGAAGUUCCGUCUAAUAUUCAGGGGCAACAUUAAACAAACGUCGCUGGGCACUCGUCCGAGCGAAGACGCUCACCUGGCGAGCGCUAGCGGGCCUCGAUGGCGUCUAUUCACUACUGUGCCUCUGUGAGGGUGUUUGAGAUCCGUCACACGGUGAUUAUACAUGAGAGGAUGGAGUUCAUUUCUCAUCCCAGUCAAUAAGAAGCAGGUCUGAUACGUGCGUGUACUGUCUGAUUAAAAAUCAAUUAUGCUUUUGAUUUAAAACAAUCGCUAUGAUUACGGUGGGGCAUUUUUGAGGUCGUGAGUCUAAUGGGUGCUAGGUAGACCUCCUAAUUCUAAGCUAAUGUUCAAAAUAAUGCCAGUUUUCACUGAAGCACAGAUGAAGGUCAGAAAUAUAAAGAGGCUUUGUUUUUGUUUGGCUUUGUUCUGUUUGUUUUGGGUCCCUAUUGCCCCUUUUCACUUCAAAUGACAUCAUUUUAAGCUUUGUUUAGUCUAUAAUCGGAGCAAAAAGACACUGCCAUACCACUAAAACAUCCAUCUGUAAGGCACAGUGGAGUGUACAUUAUGUUUUGGGGCUGCUUUACAGACAAUAUUAUAUACAUAUUCUGCACAUUUCUGUGCAGCACUUAAUUAUUUGAUCAAAUUGCAUAAAAUGUCGUAAUGUUUGCUUAUUUCUGGGGAUUUUCCUUGCUAAAUUUGGCAACUUAACAGUAGUUGAGUAUCAAAAUAUGUAGAAAAUCACCAAGAAAUACAUCCAGAUUGGUCUGGACAUUGGCAUCAUACUCUGAAGCUAUGACGUUGAUUAAACUCGCCCCAUUCUAAACCCCACUCGUCUUCAUACCGAUGAUAGUUUCAAGUAUAAGCAGGGGAUGGGCUCUAGGGCUAACCUUGCUUUCAGUCAAAUGACCAUCAGUAGGUUAAACUGUUUGAAGUCGCAUCUGAUCAAUUAGCUUGUCUGAAAACCAGUAUUCUACACGUCUGAAGGGAUUAGACGGAGAUCUCUCACUGCCAUUCAUGGACACUGCCAAAAUAUGCAUGUCUCAGUCCAUGCGGAAGGUGGACCUAAGGUGUCCCUUGUGAUAGAGGCGGGAUUUAAAACUCGAAGAGCAUCACAGUACUAUGACGUGUCCCUAUUCCACCUGUCCCUGAAGUCUAUUUUACUGUAUCUGGGAGGAAUUGGUCUGCUGAUGUUAAAUGUGUCUAAUUCAAUUUGGUACUAUUUAGAUUCUGAACAUCAAAAUAACGUUUUAUUUUUCAUCUCACUUCAGGGUUGUAGAGCACAUCGCCCGACUGAGUGAAUUAACAUGCAUUGUAAUCAGGUUAUCAUGAUCAGAUUUUGACAGUUACAGCUACAAGUGUACAAACAUCUGUAAUGCACAUGUAUUUAAUAAUGUGAUUUAACUGUGAUUUAAUAAUUAGAAAGCACUCAGCUCUGCUAACAGCCGGCCUGACGUUUACACGGACAGGGAUUGGCUCGGCAGGGGGAGGGAGUGCCAAAAGGAUUCCUAAUAACGGCUGCAGUUACGACCUCUGCUGGCUCAUCGAUGGCCCCUGCACAAUGAGACGGGGGAUAAUGGAGAUCAGUACAUGACUCUCCAUGCGGUCGGCUACUGCAUACUUGUCGGAGAGGGUGUAAAACUCCUCGAGAUCUCAAGGCUUCCAUGACAUACAUGUACUUACAAGUGUUAGUAAACUUGUAACUAGGACUCUUGGUGGAAUAUGUCUAUUCAUUCUUCAUUCAUGAGUCCACUAUUAACCUGACAUUGUGGGAAAAAAAAGUCUCAAAUCACCAUCUCCCAGACCAAAGCUAUUAGUGUUUAAUUUUACUGUGUCCAAAGCUCGUCUUGCUUAGUCUCACUUUGUGAGAUUUUGUAAAGUCAUAUGUAAAUAGAAUGUGUGUACAGAAGUGUUACAUUCGUUUUGGCAUAUGUUCAAUUACAGUAUUUGAGCUUAUAUAUAAAUAUAUAAAUUGACAAUCACAUGUAAUUGAAUGUUAAAUAUAUUUUGCAAUGUGUUCACACAAA